ACUGAAUACCAACUUGAAUGACUAGAAAGGAAAUUUAUUACAAGCACUGACAAUCUAUUACAUUCUAUUUUUUAUUCUCCCCAUCCACUCUAAUUCACGCGAAAGCUACAGUUUAGCCUACUACAAUGAAGCGACACAGUCGUCCAUGUCUUUCCGUUCCGGCAUUCAUCGGCGUGCUAAUUGUCUUCAGUAUCCUGGCGGGCCUAGCACUGAAGACGCUGAGUAUCACAUCACAUCCAGAUCUAUUCCUACCUACCACAUUGGACGACUCGCAGUCCCCCCUCAACGUCACCUCAGAACAGGGCGGGUCUCCAGGGGUCGAUCCCGAGCUCGACGCUCUCCAUCAUAUUGUGUCUCGAACAAAAGGGUUUUAUGCACGCGACUACAGCCUUUGGUUAGGCUGGAAUAAUAUGCGAUAUAUCAUUGAGGCAGCUGUACUCCACGGACGCAUUCUAAACCGGACAACAAUCAUACCCACUUACGUUUACGCUCGUGCCUGCGAAUUCGACAACUCCGUAUGUGCUGCGUAUGCCACUAUGGUCAAUAGGGGGGACGCAACUGGCUCAGAUGAAUGGCGCCAACUCCCCAUAGAACAGCAAAUGGCCUGGAAAACGCCCGUGUCUCUCAUGUUCAACUUGACCCAUCUGCGUGAGACACACGCAGUCAUCACAGUAUCUGAAUAUCUCCGCUUGCAUAACAUAUCUGCAGAUGUGGAAACCACUGACGGACACUGGGACACCGAUUUAUAUCACCGCGGCGUUGAUAUCUUCUCUGAUAGCGGAGUGGAACCCAGCCUCUACGCCAUCGAGAAUGGGUGGUAUGACGCUGAUGUUGUUCGGGUUGAUCAGCUGCCACACACUAUGCGGGAGAGAGGGGGUUGGAACGUCACUCAUGGACAAGUUGGGUCCUGGACUAAUAUCACGGAAGAAACCCCUUUAUCAUUGGCGUUGCACGAUGUGAUGGCAUCCGGCGCAUCGGUUCUCGAUUGGGACACCGUCCUCAGUGUUGUGGGAGAUGACACUGACCCGAUUGAAAUUGAAUCUCGGUCAGAUGGCGGCAUCGCAAGUACUUUGGAAGGGAAUGGCUGGGAAGUACUUUACACUUACGGCGGCGUCUCUGGCUCAGACGCAACGAAAGAUGUCGCGGUUCCGAUCCGACAAGCAGCCCCACGAAACUCAUUGCGUGGACUGUACGAAGACUUUGGGUCCAUAGAGCAGGAUGUACUGUUGCUAAAGGGUGAGGUUCAUUUGGGACGGAAACCGGGUGCCCUCAAGUUCACCACCCUCGAAAGUCAAGAGAGAUACACGCAGACAGUCCUGUACGACUUUCGUCUUACAGACAGCGUGGUUGAGCUGGCGGAUCAGCUGUCUAAGCGUAUGGUCGAGAAGGUCGGCGGACGAAUGUGGAUGGGAGGUCACAUGCGACGGGGGGACUUUGCAACGUUAAAGUGGACCAUGGAACCGAGCAUCGAAGCUCAUCUCGCACGGAUCAAGCGCCAUCUACGCGACGGACGUGAUAUCCUACACUCUGUGCAUCGCGGGCCUCUCCACACCUACAAGGUUCCUUUUGGUCAAGCUGAUCCCACGCCUCUACUUCUAGAUCCUCCUGCGCUUCAUGACCAAUUCUACAUAGCCACUGACGAACGAGAUCCUGCAAACCUCACAUACCUACGUGAUCAAGGUGCCGUAUUGAUUUCGGACCUGCUAACGAUAGACGAUCGCCGAACCUUUGGAUGGCCUCUGAUGCUCACCGACGUUCUCAGUCUGGUCGAGCAGGCAACACUGGCUCAUGCAUCGUACUUCUAUGCUCAUGCGCAUAGUUCGGUCGCCGGUGGUGUCGUGAAUCUUCGUGCUUCUCAUGGAGCUGAUCCAAGAACUGCCUUACUGGAAUAUUAAUAUUGACAAGCUUGCAGUUUUCAACACAUUAGACCACAUAUAAUGUAUUUGUAAUGAUUCAAGUAAUGCGUUGGAGUUGUAACGUCGAGGAC